CUUUCGGAUGGAGGAAGAGGCGCCGGGGGAGAAGGAGACGGGACAGGAAAAGCCAUUAUGAGACUUCCUCUUACCCCCACGAGCCCGAGGAGAGUCUGAAAGGGAGAGCUGGGCUGAGUAGCGGCCCGAGAGAGGAGCUAGAACUGGACGGGUCCGAAAGCCAUGAGAGAGAAGGCGCAGAUAGAGAGACAGAGUGGGAGUGUGUCUAGGCUCGCGCGGCAGAGAGGAGGAGGAGGAGGAUGGGAACUCCCUUUCCCGGGGCGCGAAUAGGUGUUGAAUGGAGCAGCGGCCGCCUGCCUUCGCCUGCUUGGAGGGUCGCGGGGCGGCACUAGCCGUUUGGCUCCGAGGAGGAGGAGGAGGGAAGUCUCGGUGGCCUGCCCCAAAGACGUCUGGAAUCUCAAGCUGGAACUGAAGCGGCGGCAAAGGAAGGGACAAUAAUAGGGCCACUUGGCGGAGGGGAGGCAGCAGGGGCGAUGGUUCUGCUUAAGCAUCCGGACGCCAAACUUCCUCGAACGCCUGGAAGCUGAGGGAGACCCCAGGAUAGCCCAGACUGGGCGAGUCCUCCGUAGACGAGCACCGUCGUUGCAAGCGCAGCCCGACCGACAGCCGCCACUCACUGGCCAACGUCCUUCUCGGAUUGAACUCGGCCUCCUUCAGUCUCAUACCAAAUUUGAUAUUUUCAGAUUAGGAGAGGAAACAAAAACAGUUUAGUGAGGUAAAAAACCCCCAAGCAAGAUUAAAGUGGCCUGCGGUGUCGAGGUUUUUCUCCCCAAUGCGCCCUGUAUUUCGUCAGCUGGAAAUAACUUUUUAUCCCACCAAGAGCUUCACACUCAAAAUACGGAGGUUUAGGAUGGAAUAAAAGGGGGCAGAAAGGCCAGGUUGCCCUUCAGCGCUUUCCUCCAUCCUGCACAAACAGCCUGCUUCUGGGAGAAACGGAGUCCUCCAGGACAGACGCAGGAAGACAGCCGAGGGUUGGCUGACUGGGGGUGGAGGGUGGGCUUUACUCUCUCCCCCCACCCCCAACCUGCACCAUCCGGGCUGAAGCUGAUGCCCAGGAGAGAAGAAUCCGACUCCAUGAUAUUAUUAUUAUUAUUGUUGUUGUUGUUAUUAUUAUUAUUUCGCCUUCCUUUUGGCUUCGACCUACUCAGGGGCCAUGUCUUCAGUGCCAUAGAGGCACAAUCCUCUGGGGAAGAGGCGCUGCUGGAGAGGCUGGGAUAGUCCUGCCUGGCACAACAUCGAAGGGACGCUCGCGUACCGGAGGCGGGGAAGAGAAGGCAACCCUGCCAGAUCAGAUCUGCUUGCCUGGUUUGUAUGAGAAGGGGGACAGCAAGUUGGGGGAUGAUCGGACCCCGGGGCGAGCCACUAUAGAACUGUUCGCAAGCCCCCGGAAAGCAGCUCCCUCUACGGUGACUGGGUGAUUGCCGGGGACCUCCUCUCUCUCACUGGAUCCUGGCGGCGGAAUCUUCGUUUUCCAUGAACCCGGGGUGAACAGGUGCUCCGGCGGUGUGGGAAAUCCGUCCCCGGGUCCGCUUGGGCUGCGCGUGUCUCUCAGGGCGGAUUAUGGAGAGCGGCGACCGGGACAUGUUUCGCCAGUUUCAGGACUGGUGCCUCAGGACUUACGGGGACUCGGGCAAAACCAAGACGGUGACCCGUAAAAAAUACGAACGGAUUGUCCAGCUCCUGAACGGCUCCGAGACGAGCUCCACGGAUAAUGCCAAAUUUAAAUUCUGGGUCAAAUCCAAAGGCUUCCAGCUCGGCAGUCCGGACGAGGUCAGUGGUGGUGGUGGUGCUGCUGGUGGCGGAGGGAUGCAAGUGCUGUACGUGCCGGUCAAGACCACGGAUGGAAUUGGGGUAGAUGAAAAGCUGUCUUUAAGACAGGUAGCUGUUGUUGAAGAUUUCUUUGACAUAAUCUAUUCCAUGCAUGUGGAAACAGGACCUAAUGGAGAGCAAAUCAGAAAACAUGCUGGACAAAAAAGAACCUAUAAAGCAAUUUCAGAGACCUAUGCCUUUCUACCAAGAGAAGCAGUGACACGAUUUCUAAUGAGCUGCUCUGAGUGCCAGAAAAGAAUGCAUUUAAACCCAGAUGGAGCCGAUCAUAAAGAUAAUGGAAAACCUCCAACAUUGGUGACCAGCAUGAUUGAUUAUAAUAUGCCAAUCACAAUGGCUUACAUGAAGCAUAUGAAGCUGCAGCUAUUAAAUUCCCAACAAGAUGAGGAUGAAAGUUCCAUAGAAAGUGAUGAAUUUGAUCUGAGUGAUUCUACCAGAAUGUCUGCUGUGAACUCUGACCUCAGUUCAAAUCUUGAAGAAAGAAUUCAAAGUCCACAGAAUCUUCAAGGUCAGCAAGAUGAUGAUUCAGCUGCAGAGAGUUUUAAUGGCAAUGAGACUGCAGGACACAGUUCCAACACUUCAGGGGGAACACACUGCAGGGAAGCUGCAGAAGCCAACAGUAAUGGUAAAACAACUUUGGAGUUGGAUGAACAGCCUCUGAACCUGAGUGACAGCCCCUUUUCUGCUCAGCUUACUUCAGAAUACAGGUUAGAUGACCCAAACAGUGAUGGAAAGAGCAAAUACAAGGACAUCCUAGUAUCUGAUCUUAAGAUGGAGCAAGAGGCAAAAGAAAAUGGAAGCAAGUCACCUGCCCAUAGUUAUUCAAGCUAUGAUUCUGGCAAGAAUGAAAACAUGGACAGAGGUGCUGAAGACCUUUCCCUGAACCGGGGAGAAGAAGAUGAGGAUGACCAUGAUGAUCAUGAAGAUGCUGAGAAAGUUAAUGAAUCUGAUGGAGUAGAAGCUGAGCGCCUGAAAGCUUUUAAUAUGUUUGUCAGGCUGUUUGUAGAUGAAAACUUGGACCGAAUGGUCCCAAUCUCUAAGCAGCCCAAAGAAAAGAUCCAGGCUAUCAUUGACUCAUGCAGGCGACAAUUCCCUGAGUACCAAGAGCGUGCCAGAAAGCGUAUACGUACUUACCUCAAGUCCUGCAGGCGGAUGAAAAGGAGUGGUUUUGAGAUGUCAAGACCCAUUCCCUCACAUCUUACUUCCGCAGUAGCUGAGAGUAUCCUAGCUUCUGCCUGUGAAAGUGAAAGCAGAAAUGCUGCAAAGCGCAUGCGAUUAGACCGACAGCAGCAGGAUGAGACUGCUUCAGCUGACAAACCAUAUAAACAGGAACCAACCCAGGUCACAUACUCAACAUCAGCUGUCUCCAGCACACAGGAGGUGUUGUACAUCAAUGGAAAUGGGACCUACAGUUACCAUAGUUACAGAGGGUUAGGAGGAGGUCUGUUAAAUCUCAGUGAUGCUUCUACUAGUGGUCCAACUGAUCUCAGUAUGAAGAGGCAGCUAGCAAGCACUUCGGGGUCUUCUAGCAAUACCAGCUCUAGACCUCAGCUGAGUCCAACUGAAAUUAAUGCAGUACGGCAAUUGGUUGCAGGAUAUAGAGAAUCAGCAGCAUUUUUAUUGCGUUCUGCAGAUGAACUGGAAAACCUUAUUUUGCAGCAGAACUGAGACACAUUAUUAUCUUGCUGAUCUAGUUUUAUCAUAGAAUUUCCACUAAUGACAUUUUGAUAUUCCAGAGCAGAUCUUUCAUGUGCUGCGGUCUUGUUGACAAGUUAAUUUCCAUUAUGCCACACUGUUCUCAGUGUACUUGGUGUGUUAUGGUUCUCCAAGUGAACUUGGAUCUCUGACAUUUUUAAGAUCCUUUAUAAUACCAGUUUGGUUUGUUUUCAUGAGUCAGCAUCAAUAGCAAAAAAGUGACUAGAAGUGUUAACCCAUUCUAACAUGGACAGAAACAACAGAUAUAUACUGGGGUUUCAAAUUUGAUUCAGAAUCCAAGUGCAAUAUUAGUGGAAUGUGCUACUGACUCCGUGGACUCAAAGCUGCAUUAUAUGGCAAAAUGUUGCCAAAUGCCCUGAUAUUAACAGGAUGUAAUUGCAAUGAAAAGGAUCUUGUAUUUUAAAUAAAAUGUAAUUUUUAUAGGAAAAAAAACAAGACAAAAAUGUUAGUUCACAUUCUAAAUUGAUCAUUUUUACUUUGGUAAAUUUUUCACUGAUUUUUCAAAUGAAGUUUUGAGGAGCUGUUGUUAAGUCCUCCUCAAUGAAAUUUUAAUCCCCUCUCCAAUUCACCUCUGUCCUCAAGGUGUAUUUUUCACGCUGAGCAGCCCGUUCCCUGGU